AUGAGAACGAUUACACGAAACCCACCGAAUAGGAAUUCAUUAGCACCUCAUCCACCCCGCAUUGGUAUUCUCGGGGCCUCACAAUCAGCACAGCGGGUGUGGAAGCCUAUACACACUGCAGGACUUAAAAUCGUUGCCGUGGGAUCACAUGAUGGGAAGGAGGCAGAGGCAUUCAUUAAAGCAUGUAAUGGCACUGUAAUGAAAAAGGAAGAAACUCAAACAAGCAGUAUUCAACAACAACAACAACAAGAGGAGGAGGGGAGUUCAGCAAAAGUACGAGCAUGUACAUAUGAAGAAUUGGUGGAUAGUCGUGAGGUGGAUAUUGUGUAUAUUACGAUACCUGUGUUGGGACGUGAUGUUUGGGUGAAACGCUGUAUUCGACAACGUAAACAUGUUCUUCUCUCUAUUCCUGCAGCCCCAUCCACUGCAGUACUUCAGAAAUGGAUGGAACUUGCUAAUCCACAGCGUUUACUUAUUACCGAUGAUGCUGCACUCAUGCAGGGUAAACGAUUAGAUCGUGUACGUGCAAUGCUUAGUAACAGUGGUGAUAAAAAUAUUGGACCACUUCGAUCACUUCGUUUGUCUUGCUGUUGUUCCCGUCCUUCUUCUUCUUCCUCCUCUUCCUUACCCCCUUUCAAUAAUAAUACUAAUAAUAAUAAUAGUGAUAAGAGCGACAAUACUCAUGGCGAUAGUGGUUCAUUCUCUACAACGUGUGUUGUGGAUGGUGACACAGAUAACAAUACAUCAUUUGGUGUAUUUGCAGAUCUAGGUUGGAUGGCAGUGGCGGCACUGUUGAAAGUAGUGCAUUGUGAAGUUCCCACAACAGUGUUGGGUCAUGUACUACAAUAUGGGGAAAAGAAUAAUAAUAAUAAUAAUAAUAAUAAUAAUAAUAAUAAUAAUAAUAAUAAUAAUAAUAAUAAUAAUAAUAUGGAGUAUUCGGGGGAACUCACAUUUGCUGAUGGAGAUGUUCCUGUUACUGCCUCCAUCUACCUAAAGUCUAUCCCAUCAUCAUCAACAUCAUUAUCAACAACAGGAACAACAUCUACAGGGUUGAUGGAACAAUCUCUGAGGGUGUACGGUACGAUGGGUUCACUCACACUACAUGAUCUUAUCGUUCCUGCCCUUCACAGUGAUGCUAAUCAUACUGAUAACACCGCUACGAUUACGCGUGCUGUACUUGAGCCAGUGCAGGAGAAACACCUUCGCCGUAAUAUACGACGAGAAGAGGAAAUAUGUGUAGUGGAGGGAACCAUAUGGGGAGAGAUGCCGUGGCAACGACUGCGGGAUGUACUUUCGUGGAAUACAAACGCCACAGCUUCUGGUCUUGCCUCUCACUUCCGCGGAGAUACGGAGGAGGCGUUGGGAUAUAUGAAACACACAUGGACCACACAGGUAGUGGUGGAUGCUCUUCUUAACGCUGGAAAGAUGUCAGGAGAAUUGAACGCAGACGUCAAGGGAUAA